ACCUCUGUGAUUGAUCAACUCUACUUUGUAACCACAUGUGUACUUUGCUUUGCUCAGCCUGUCUAGAAUAUACAAAAUUUAUCUUAACUACUGGAUAUAACGAGCUAUACUCUUUCUCUUAACCAUGGUCCAGUUUCUCCUGUCAUUAUUGGCAUCUACCGUGGCAUGGUGUGGGAUCUGUGUGGCAGGGAAUAUCUCGGAGUUAUUCCUGCACAGUUUGCAAGAAGAUGAGUUACUGUCAUAUUUUGGAACAAAGACCAUUGCAGAAUCUGAUAUUGACAUUAUCAAUCUUACGUGUUCUUGUGAUAACCUUGAGAUGCUCUGGUCAUGCUCGGUCAAAACCUGCACCUUAAAACAAAAUGAAGAAACCUAUAAAUUCAGAUUUAUAGACGCUCAGAGACCGGUCACUACAGAGCGUGUUCUCAAUUCAACUGCGCACUCUCUGAAGAAUUUCCCAGAAGGCUGUGGGGCACCUGGCAUCAUAUUGCACCCAGCAAGGGCGAGUUCCAUCAUCAGUUAUUGCGAAGGAGAGUUGCGUGGAUUUGUCAUCGUGGCUGGGGAGCAGCUAUUUAUACAGCCGGUGAAAAAAAACCAUUUAAUGUCCCUGAAAGAAAAUAAAUUGUCAAAUCCUCAUCUUCUGUAUCGAGCAGGAUUUUCAUUAUCUGCGAAUAUCGUGUCAUCUCCCACCCCUGACUUUCACUCAAUAAAAAAACGCUCACCAGCCGACGUGAAGCACUUGGAGCUGUUAGUGGUCGUAGGUCACGACGUAUUCCAGAUCCACCAGGAGGACACAGAGCGAUACAUUCUCACCAACCUUAACAUUGGUUCAGAGCUGUUAAGAGAUGUGUCGCUUGGAGCUGCAUUCCGCGUUCAUCUUGUGAAAAUGAUCAUCCUGACGGAACCGGAGGCAGAUAUCAAAAUCUCACCGGAUAUCAACUCUUUCUUAGUGAGUGUGUGCAAGUGGAGUAAGACGGUGAAUCCCCCGGGAGAUGAAGACCCCUACCACGCGGAUCUUGUUCUAUAUGUGACCAGGUUUGAUCUUACAAAUGGAGAGAGGACGCUUCGUGGUGUUACCCAGCUGGGCGGCGCAUGCACCUCUUCUUGGAGUUGUGUCAUAACUAAAGACACUGGUUUUGACCUUGGGAUCACCAUAGCACAUGAGAUUGGGCACAGUUUUGGAAUAAACCACGAUGGAACGGAGAACCACUGCAGUGGCGAUGGGAACAUCAUGGCGAUGCAGGAAAGUCACAACAGUGUCCAUCUGACGUGGUCCGAGUGCAGCAGAGAACAAUUCCUCCGAUUCCUGGGUAGUGGGCAAGCGAACUGCGUUAACGACUUGCCAGCUCUGGAAAGCUCCAUCCCUGGGUGGAAACCCGGCCAUUACUACGGCGCAGACGAGCAGUGUCAAAUCGCGUUUGGAAGUUCCGCCAUCGCAUGCACUUUCUCCAGAAAUGAUCUGGAUACAUGUAGCGUUCUUUCUUGCCACACAAGUCAACAGGAUCGGAAAAACUGCAAGCGGAUCCUGGUCCCACUUCUCGAUGGUACAGAAUGCGGAGACAACAAGUGGUGCCAUAAAGGUCUCUGUAGUUCUCUAGAGGAGUUGAAUCCGGUGGCUGUCGUGCACGGAGCCUGGUCAAGCUGGACUUCUUUCUCUUCCUGUUCCCGCAGCUGUGGCGGGGGUGUUGUGACUAGAAAAAGACUGUGUAACAAUCCCAGGCCUGCAUUUGGGGGGCAUACAUGUGAGGGGCCCAGUCUGCAAGCUGACAUGUGUAACACCCAGGCCUGUGAGACAUCCCAGUUAGAUUUUAUGAACCAGCAAUGCUCUGCCACAGAUACUGAACCCCUUUACCUCACCCCUGGGAUACCCACCUUUUAUAAAUGGACGGCAGCUGCUGGCUUUGCAAAUGGCGACUCUCUCUGCCAGCAUUUGUGUCGUGCCCAUGGGAAGAAUUUCAUGGUGGGACGCAGAGACCGAUUUAUAGAUGGGACACGCUGCGAGCCAAGUGAUGAAUCUAAUGCUCCCUUUAGCCUGUGUAUAGCUGGGAGUUGCAAAGCCUUCAGCUGCGAUGGUGUGAUGGAUUCUACGAUGGGGUUUGACCAGUGCGGGGUCUGUGGUGGGGAUAACAGCACCUGCAAGAGAGUCAGUGGCAGCUUCUCUGAAGGAAGAGCGGGAGUUUACUCCACGUUCCUGACAGUUCCCAUUGCAUCCAUUGGGAUAACCGUAACCAAUCAGAAGCCUCUCUUCACACAUCUGGCUGUUAAGGAGAAUGGCACAUACAUUGUAGCUGGAAAAGGUAAAAUCUCUAUAAAUGUCACAGUACCCUCUGUUCUGGAAGACAGACGGAUAGAAUAUCGACUGAAGCUGACCAACAACAUGCUUCCACACCUGGAACAAAUCCACAUUGAUGGUCCUACCGAAGGGGACAUCGAGAUCCAGGUUUACAGGAAAUAUGGACAGGAAUAUGGAGAGGUCACAAAUCCAGACAUCUCGUACAGCUACUAUGUCCCCAGGAAGGAGGAGACCUACGUGUGGUCGGCAGUGAGAGGUCCUUGUUCUGCUAGCUGCGGAGGAGGUUUUCAGGUGGUGACCUACGUCUGCAUGGACCAAAUGAUCCAACAGCAAACCCAGUCUGCAUUCUGCUCAGAUUCUAUACUUCCCACCACAUUGCACGAAAACUGUGGAAAUGAACCAUGUCCCCCCAGGUGGGUCAUCGAGGACACCUCCCCAUGCUCCGUGUCUUGUGGCGGUGGGGUCAUGCUCCUGAAUGUGUACUGUGCAAGCAACCAAAGAGGCAAUGAGACCAUCCUACCUGAUAGCCAUUGUGGCCACUUAGCUCGUCCAAAGGCCUUCUCAACCUGUGGCCAAGUACCAUGCCCAGCCAGAUGGGAGAUGUCAGAGCCAGGUCUAUGCUCAGCGGUGUGUGGAUAUGGCGUGGCUUUGAGGAACGUAUCAUGUGUCCAGUCUCAAGCUGGUUGGGAUGUCUUGGUGGAUGAUUCUCUGUGCUCGGCUCAGGAGAAGCCCCCAAGUGUGGUCCAGUGCGUGGUCAGUGUGUGCCCAGUGGGCUGGGAAACGCUCCCAAUUUCUCCUCUUGGGAUGCAGUUAAUGGAGCCACUUUUAAGUGAAAACUCUUCUCUCCUAAAUUCACCUUCCGGAAAGAAGAUAGAGGUGUUUGUGUGGAGCCCUGUGCUAGGGGAGUGCUCUGUUACCUGCGGCUCAGGAAUGGCCGAGCUCCACUAUAUAUGCAUUGAAUUUUACACCAGAGAAGAGGCACUGGAGGAAAACUGCAACCAAUCGCUGAAACCGAAACACCGUCAGAAUAUCUGUAACCCGCAAAGCUGCCCCCCAGGGUGGGAGGUGAGGGAGCGUACCCCGUGUCCUGUCACCUGUGGAGGAGGGACAAUCCAACUCGAAGUCUUCUGUGCAAGGAAGGAAAAUGGCAUCCUGCGUCGACUCCCUCAUGCAAAGUGCAGUCCAAUCCAGCGCCCAAAUGGCACCAAAACAUGUGGAACUCUACCCUGUCCAGUCCGGUGGCACUAUAAAUCUGGGUCAUGCAGUGUCAGCUGUGGCGGUGGCAUCUUACUGAGACUCCUUUACUGCGUUAGAGAGGUCACGGGAGGAGAUAGUAAAGAGCAAAUCGUUGGAGAUGCAGAAUGCCAGCAUCUACCUCACCCACAAGGACAAGAACCGUGCAACCAGAAUCCCUGCCCCCCCAGGUGGAAGGUGACAGAGACCGGUCAGUGCUCCUCAGCCUGUGGAUAUGGAAUAUCCAAGCAACAUGUGGCCUGCGUGCAGACAGUUUCCAGGGCUGAAAUUGAAGUGAAUAUAACAGCCUGCAGCCCUCAAGAGAAACCCCCCUCCAUCAUCCCCUGCUUUGUUACCAACUGCAUUUACCUAUGGGAGAGUGGUGAAUGGAGUCAGUGUUCAGCUACCUGUGGAAAUGGCAUCCAAACGCGGCAUAGUUUGUGCGUCAAUCGGAAGACUGGUCAGCAGGUGAGCCCCACGUUCUGCGGACACACUGCAAAACCUCUCACAAUGCGGGGUUGCUCGGGGCAUUCGUGCCAGGAAGAUAGUUUAAUGCCAGGAACACCAGUGCCACCCACCGACGUGCCAGUUGUGGAAGCAUCAGAUACUCCCUACAUGAGCACUCAACACAAAGUUACAGCCAUCCCUCCUGAUAACCUCCCUGCAGUCAGAUCACGUGGAAUGGAGGAGCAGUACACAGACAGCAGUAUCUGCGGGCAGCUUUUCCUGAACUCAUCAGGAAUAUUGAGCACAGUUGGAUUAGUUGGUAGUUCCUGCAUGUUUUCCAUCGGACGCCCACUGGGAGAGGUGAUCUUCGUUAAGGUGCUCGCCAGCUCUCUGAAUUGUUCUGCCGGAGAUAUGCUGCUGUUCCACGGACGGACCAUGUGGCAGAAGAAAUGCAACCGUCUAGCCGGGGUGACUAUCAACUCCAGAUCGAACAUCCUGACGGUGAGACAGCGGCAAACUCACCCUGGAAACGGAGUGGAACUGGAAUACUGGAGCGAACGAGCAAAGCAAAACCAAUCCAGGGACUGUGAUGUCCAGCUCUAUGGAAUGCAUGGUAUUAUACAAAAUCCUGUUCAGUCUUGGCAGGAUGGAUGGACCCCCGCAUGCCGUAUCUUCAUUGAUGUGCCCCCGCAGUAUAAUAUCUUCAUACAUGCUCUGUACAUGAACCUCGAGACGGGAAGUAACGAGACGCACUCCAACUAUAUACUGAUCCGUGACCUAAAAACUUCGACGGCAUUUCACGGAAACCACAUGUUUCUUUGGAGCUCCUCAGGAAGCCAGGCAGAAAUAGAGUUUCACGGGGAAUUUUCGAAAGAGGUUGUCAGCUUCCAGGCCGAGUACUGGGCGCAAAAUCAGAGGCAGAGGAGCAGGAGACGAGCUACCCAUGGCUGACAUGAAAACAUUCAAUUUCCAGAAACAAUUCGUCAAUCACAACCUUCAAACUACAUUUUAUAUCAUCUUAUUUAUGGUUAAACACACAUUUAGAAAGGGAUCGGAAGCAGUGCUUAUUUAAGGGUAAUAAAUACAUAGUAUACUUUAUAAAAUGUUAUAAAUAAUGAGAAAACAUAAA